AUGUCGACGUCGGUCGCAAAUGGCAGUGCGACUGAAACACUACGGCCGCGUAACAAGGCCUCCAAUAAACGGGAGGAGCAACCUCUACCGUCGCCUUUGGAGAAACUGGCCACAGAGGAAUCUAGUGGCACUUCAACCCCCGUGCCCGAAGAUGCGCCUCCCUCCGUCCACUCCCUUUCUUCCGCCAGGAAACAGGUGCGAGCACGACGCCGUCUGUUCUAUACCAUCGACUACGUUCCCCGCGUUUCGCAUUUCGAUCCGGAGAGCGAUUAUCAUGACUUCCACGGAUUCUUUACUCUCUUCUGGAUCGGUCUGUCCAUCAUGGUCGUGACCACGAUGCUGCGAAACAUCAAAGAUACUGGUUACCCACUGCGCGUCCAUGUAUGGAGUCUAUUGACGGAGAACGUAUGGCAACUGGCGCUGAGUGAUCUGGCUAUGGUGACCACGACGGGGCUGACAUUGCCAUUACACCACAUGUCGAGGAGAAGUAAAGGAUGGCUCCGUUGGUCUCAGGGGGGCAUGGUUAUCCAGAGCUUGUUCCAAUUUGCCUGGCUCUGUCUUUGGGUGAGCUGGCCUUUUCUGCUCGACUGGGCCUGGACAGCUCAGGUCUUCUUCACCCUCCACACGUUGGUGCUCCUGAUGAAGAUGCACUCCUAUGCCUUCUAUAACGGGCACCUGAGCGAAACGCAGCGUCGCCUGGCUUCGUUGGAUAAGCCCGAAUCAGCAUCGAUGGACGCAGCUGUCCGAUAUCCGCGCGUAUCGCGAGAUGGACAUGUUCGGUCAGAGUCGCAGGAACCACCGGCGUCGGUAUCCAAGCUCCGGGAAGAUCUGGCGACGGAGCUCACUUCGCCCUUGGGAAAUGUCACAUACCCGCGUAAUCUGUCCGUCGGGAAUUACGUCGACUAUCUGUUCUGUCCUACUCUCUGUUAUGAGCUGGAGUACCCGAGAACUAACAAAAUCCGCUGGUCAGAGGUCUUUUUCAAGACCUUGGCCGUAUUUGGCUGCAUUAGCUUGCUCACAUUGAUCACGGAAGAGUUUAUGCUUCCAGUCCUCAGCGAGGCAAGCGUUCAACUGCAAAUCCACAGCACUAUGGCCGAUAAAGCGUUGAUCCUCGCCGAAACUAUCAGUAUGCUCCUGUUUCCGUUCAUGCUAGCCUUCCUCUUGGUGUUUCUGGUCAUCUUCGAGUAUGUGCUGGGCGCCUUCGCGGAGAUCACCCGUUUCGCAGACCGUCGCUUCUAUUCUGACUGGUGGAACUCCUGUGAUUGGCUCGAGUUCUCUCGUGAGUGGAACAUCCCAGUCCACCACUUCCUCCGACGCCAUGUGUACUUUUCCUCAAAGACACACUUCUCAAGCUCUGUCUCCAUGUUCAUUACCUUCUUAGUCAGCUCCAUCGCGCAUGAACUGGUCAUGGCUUGUAUCACCAAGAAGCUGCGUGGCUAUGGAUUCCUCACCAUGAUGCUACAACUACCCAUCAUAGCUAUUCAGAGGUCCAAGUUCAUCAGGGGCCGGCGCGUCCUCAAUAACGUCUGCUUCUGGUCCUGCAUGAUCAUUGGGCUUUCGAUGAUGUGCGCCCUCUAUGUCCUUGUCUGA